AUGAUCUGUACCCUUGCAGGCAUCGUUAAGGGCACCAUGACCACCACCCAGUCCUACACUGGUGACCAGCGCCUUCUGGAUGCCUCUCACAGGGAUCUGCGUCGUGCUCGCGCUGCUGCGCUCAACAUUGUGCCCACCUCUACUGGUGUUGCGAAGGCUGUCGCUCUUGUCCUCCCCAAGUUGAAGGGCAAGCUGAACGGGAUUGCGCUUCGUAAGAAGACUUUUGCGGAAGAGGUGAACGCUGCUUUCCGCGAGGCUGCCAACGGUCCCCUGAAGGGCGUCUUGGCUGUCUGCGAUGAGCCGCUUGUGUCGGUCGACUUCAGAUGCAGUGAUGUGCCCUCCACCAUCGACUCCUCCCUGACCAUGGUCAUGGGUGACGAUAUGGUGAAGGUUGUCGCAUGGUACGGUAACGAGUGGGGCUACUCCCAGCGUGUGGUGGAUCUUGCCAACCUUGUUGCCGAGAAAUGGGAGUAG